AUGUCGAAGCACUGCAGGAGAAGGUACGAGAAUGCGGAGCGCGGGCAGAUGGUGAUGGUGGGGGAUGUGGUGCGACAGGUGUCGGUUGCUCAAGGCAUGCCACUCACACGAGUCAUCGACCUUCCAUCCCUCGUAACUGCAAUCGAGGAGGGGAAGGGCCCCUGCACAUUCGUGCUAGAGAGAGCCCUACAUGCCCCCACCACCCAACGCAUCAUCCUCUCCCACCCUCUCCGCUCUGACAACCCCGGCCGCUCAGCAGCUGCCACGUGGCACCACCCGUCCAGCUGGCCGCGCUACAGAGGAGAAAUGAGAGGAGAGGUGAGAGCAAAAGAGGGGAAACAGUCAGGGGAAUUCGUGGGAAUGGUAGCAGCAGAAAGAGAGGGGGAGCAGGGGGGUGAGAUUUCUGUAGGGGAUGCAACAGCUGCAGAUGUUAACGAGCCUGUAGUAAACGAGGCUGAGAUGGGGAUAGCGAGAGAAGUGGAGGGGCGUGGGGAGGAUGGAGAGAAAGUGGAGGAUAGAGGGGAAGUGGAGGGUGGGCGAAAUGCGGAAGACCGGGGUAAGGUGGAGGGAGUGGGCAGUGCAGGAGGGGAAAGGAUAGUUGUGGAGUUGAAUGGAGAGGAGGAGAGGAGUGCAGAUGGGGAUGGGGGCGUGGGAGACAGAGAAGGGAAGAAAAGGUUAAAUGAGGGGAUGGGUGAUGGAGAAGGGGUGAGGGAAGGGGAGGCACAGAAACCAGGAGGGAGGGGUGUGAGGGCGAUAGUAGGAGGCACUUUGUGGGGUCCGGAUUCAGGUCCGGAUUCAGGUCCGGAUUCAGGUCCGGAUUGUGGAGCUGAUGAGAGGUCUGGUGAGCAGGACGCGCCUGGUUUGGGUCAAGGUUUGGAAAGUCGAGCAGCUGAAGCCCAAGCCUCUGAAACCCAGGGCGCCCUGUCGACCGAAGCUGAUGAAAUUGUUGGAAGGGAAGGAAGCCUGGCAGAAGAGAGAGUUUCUGGCAGGGAAGCGAGCUCAAGUAAUGAGGCUGGGGCAGGUGAGGCUGGGGGAGGUGAAGAUGGGCCAGGUGCGUCCCCAGCUAUGGGAACUGUGGCUCAAGUAGCAAGCCAAGAGAAGAUUGAGCAAGGAGAUAAGGGCCUGGAGAGAAUAGAGGAGAAGGAAGAGAGGACAGGGGAGGAGGUUGAAGAGAGGAACGGAGAUGAGGAGGAGGAGGAGGAGGAUGGGGCGGAAUGGGCCCAAGCAGCAGAGGCAGCAGCAGCGCUUGCAGCAGCUAUGAGAGGAGAGAGGGGAGAGGAGGGAAGGGAAGGGGACGAGGAGGAGCGCGGUUUCUGGGAUGCUUCCUCUGGGAAGGACGGGGGAGUGGAGGGGGAGGGGAAGUGGUGGGGGCUUGGGAUAGGGCGAGUGGAUGAAUUUGUAGAGGCAUACACAAGAGGCGUGGGGGACUCGAGAUUCGAGCCACUUCACUCGCCCACUCACACACAGGUAUCAGAGCACUUGGCGUUUGGAGCAGCGCUCCUGUGCCCAGAAGACAUAACUUCCGCGCACCAAAGGCUGGGCACGACAGCAGUGUUGGACCUGCAGCGAGCCACAGAGAAGCUCAACUGGGUGGUGGACGUGGAUGGCAUGAACCGAGCGGCAAGGGAUUCGGGGGUGAUGGUGGUGCACCACCCCAUCAGGCACCACGACGGGCACGAUUUGAGGCGAAAGCUUCCAGUGGCGGUGGGGAUUCUGCACCGGCUACUGCGGAGGGGGCUGCAUGUGUUGGUGACGGACACAGACGGGGUGGACAGGGCGCCAGCAGUGGUGUGUGCGUACCUGCACUGGGUGCUUGCUAUACCGUUGCCUCAGGCUCUUCACUUCGUCUGCGACGUCCGUCCCUGCCAGCCCAACCGAGCGGCACUGGCAGCGGCAACAUGGGAUCUGGUAGCCAUGCUGCGGCACGGUGUGAGGCACACGGGCCCUGCUACUCACUCGGUGCAGAUUGCAUGGAACCACGGAGGGCGCGAGGUGCUACUGGUGGGCGAGCUCUCAGGCGGGUGGAAAAACCCAGUGGCCGCCACUCCAGUUGGGGGAUCGAAGUUUGUUCUCGCACUCAGGCUGCCGCUCGGAUCCUACCGUUACAAGUUCAUAGUGGACGGGCACUGGCGCCAUGCUGCGGACCUCCCCACAGAGGUGGACGAGUGGGGCAACACCAACAACGUGCUCCACGUGGGGUCACUGGCGCGGCACAGUAAUGAUGCGGUGAGGGAGAGGGUGAUAGAGCGCCCUCUCACGGACCUUGAGAGGAGAAUGGUCACCUUCGCCUCGCAGCGUGUUGCCUUUUCCGUCUCUCCCAUCACCUUCACCCCCAAGCUCAGGCCAGCGCGCUCAUGA